CGUGCAUACCGGAGGACACCAGCAGCCAGGCCGAGCGUCCGAACACUGCCGCGCACUGCCUGGCUUCAGCCUCACGCUCCCCCGCUCCCCGGCCUCAGCACUGCGGAGGAUGCGCUCGGAGCGCGGCACGGAGCGGCUGCGUUCAUGUGGUAGUGUUUAACCGCGCGGGGGGAGCCGUGCCCGUGUGUCCUGAGCGCGCCUGUGAGGGGAAUACUAAUGAAGCGCAGUGCUCGCAUUCCUCCAGGGCCCGUCCCGUAAACGCGCUCCGAGCCGCGGCUGUGCGUGUGGCCAGUAGGAGCACAGAAGAGCCGCUGACACAGGACUUCAGCCCCGAGUGUGACGGACGAGUUUUGGACUUUAGGUUUGGAGCGGAGUUGGAAGCUGUUGUUGUGAGCACUUCUCAGGGAACUCACUUCAGCCAGAGGAACAAGUCUGUGCUCUUCAAUCUGAGGACGACAGAAGUUGUCAUUGUUCUUCGGUGUUCUUCACUGUGAGGAGCUUCAGGACUUGGAUCUGCAGUGUGCUGAGCUUGAGGAGAUGGGCAGCAGCCUCUCAUCCUUUCAGUCCCUGCACAUUGUGCUGCUGGGGCUGGACUCUGCGGGGAAGACCACAGUGCUCUACAGGCUCAAGCUCAAUGAGUUUGUGAACACGGUGCCCACCAUCGGCUUCAACAGCGAGAAGAUCCGCCUGAGCUCCGCCAAAGGUCUGAGCGUCCACCUGUGGGACGUGGGCGGUCAGGAGAAGCUCAGGCCCCUGUGGAAGUCCUACAGCCGAGGAGCAGACGGGAUCAUAUAUGUGGUGGACUCUGUGGACGUGGAGCGGCUGGAGGAGGCGCGCGCUGAGCUCCAUAAGGUUACCAAGCUGAGCGAGAACCAGGGAGCUCCUCUCCUGGUCAUCGCCAACAAGCAGGACCUGCCCCGCAGCCUGACGGUCAGAGACAUGGAGAGACAGCUGGCCCUCCACGAGCUUCACCCACACACCUCCUACCACGUUCAGCCCGCCUGCGCCAUCAUCGGAGACGGUCUGCACGAAGGCCUUGAGCAACUCUACCACAUGAUCCUCAAGAGGAGGAGGAGCCAGCGCGGAGGCAGCACCAAGAGGAAGUGACCCAGGGACCACACUCUGGACCCAGUUCCUGGGACUUAAUACACUAUUGUCCUCUGAGGACACCUGUGGGAACUGUAAGGACAUGUGCACUCUGUCCUUCUUUGAAUAAUGGACAUGUGCUCUAGUGCACAGCACUGGACCUGCUGACCUUCUGUCCACUGAGGACACCGGUGUGGACAUGUGAACUGUGCUUCUCUGAAUAGUAGACAUGGACAUGUCCCUGUGCUUGUGACCUACACAAAUGCUCUGACCUUGUGCUGCUGCUGAGGCUGGACCUCAGUCUGUGUACUGUGUACACAUCUACACACACUACACACUCCAAAUGUCCUCUGUCCACACCUCUCUCCUGUCUCUCUCCUCUGUCCCUGUCUCUGUCCUUCUGUCCCCUGCCCUGUAUCCUGUCCUUCUGCUCUCUGUUUCAGACUCUGUCCCCUCUCUCUCGCCCAUGUCCCCGUCCUGUCGUCUGAGACGUCUGGAGUAGUCUCACACUGUUAGCAUUGAGCCUUAAAGUAUUUGGUGUAAAUAAAGUGUGUGCUGCGUC